AUGAGCGAUGAUCAGAUCAUAAAGAGGUUUAUAAAGAACGGGCUUGCGAAUGCAGAGCUGAAUGAGUUUUUUGAGAAAGCUCUUACGAACGAGGGAUUCAGCUCGAUGGAGCUGAGGAUGCACGAGACACCAAUCAAGAUCAUUUUGAAGGUACUGAAGCCGCAUGAGGCGAUUGGGGAAAGGAAAAUCAGGCUGAGGCAGUUCCAGCACCUAGUGGCGCAAAGGCUUGAGCUUCCUGACGAGAAUGUCGAGAUUAUUUUUGAAAAGGUGCAUGAGAAGGGGCUUUGUGCACUUAUACAGGCAAACAGCAUUAAGGAAAAGAUCAUGUCUGGAAUACAGUACAAGAGGGCAGUGAACAUGAUUCUGAGGACCGUGAAGUAUGCGGGAGCACAGGGAUGCCAGGUGAUAAUCAGUGGGAAGGUCAAGGGGCAAAGGGCAAAGUCUGUGAAGUUCCAGGAAGGAGUAAUAAUGCAUAGUGGUGAUUUCAUCAAAGAAUACAUCAAGACAGGAUAUGCAAGUGUGCAAACAAAGCAGGGGAUUAUUGGAAUACAGGUACGUAUUAUGCUGCCAUACGAUCCUGAGGGAAUUCUUGGACCGGAUUAUCAUCUGCCAGACAGAGUAAUCAUUCUUGAGCCCAAUGAAAUUAAGAAUUGA